UAACAGAAAAUUAUAUUACUUACUUAUUAUCAUACUCAGGCCCUAUAAAUUGAAUUUGUGUCCUGAUUCACGUAUGUCCCCUUCGAUUGCCAUUACAGUUUACGUAAAUUCAGAUUCAGAUUUACUGUAUUGGUCCUUGAGGAAACUCGUUAACCACGGUAAUUAUUUUUUUUUGCCUUGUCCUGUCAAUUCCCCUUUCAAACUAAUUUAACACUCAUUAUAGUAGCAUUUAUUAGGCCUAUAUGUCUUAACCUUUAUGUCAAGCUUUUUGGGUUAUAAUAUAAUAUAUUAUAGGUUAUAAUAUAAUAUAUUAUAUAUUAUAUACAGACCCAUUAUAUAUAAUAUUUUAUAAAUAUAGCUUUAAACUAUAGGCGUAUAUUUGGUAUUUUUCCUGACAUUACUCGCGGUAAACCUAAUAUUUGGUAAUUGAUAGGUCAAUUUAGUAAGGUAAAAUAAGUAAAUUUAAACACACUUAUCGUAUUAAUCAUAUAAAAGUAUUAUAAACAGAAAUACUCAUUAGAAUUAUGGAUAAAUGUAUUUACGUUAACAGAAACAAAAUUAUAUUUUUCAUUAUCAUGCUGAGACACUACUCAGAUACUUUCAAUUUUAUCAUCACCAUCAUCGCUGUUAAAACGUAAUUAUUUUAGGUAAAUAAUAUCAAUUAAGAUACUUUAAGUAAUGAUAUAUAUUAAUACUUCAUUCUCUUUAAUAAUUGUCUAUAAUGACUCAGUAUUGGUCCGUUAUGAUUUACCAUGGACUUAAAUAAAUUGUAGACAAUAAUUAUCAUAGGUUAUUAUUAUUAUUUUCAAACGGGUAGGCCUUUAUGAUAGACUUAUCUAUGCUCUGUGUAAUGGUAAUGUCAAGAACGUAAAUAUUAUAAAAAAUAUUCUGUGAAUGUAUACAAAUUUAUUUUUUAAAUAUUUUGGGCCCAAGGAAAAAAAUAAUGAUUUACCUGCAAUACCGUAUCAAUAUCAGAGGAUGGCUGUAUCAGAGUGUGAACACAGAGCUUGUACCGUAUAUUUUGUAUCAAAUACCUCAAGGACGUCAGGUCAUAAAGAAAACUAUACAACAAUAUCUGAAAUACAUCUUACCUAUAUUUAAAUAACGAUAUUAGGUGUUAUUUAUCUAUGUACUCAAUGAUUUUUGAUUUGUUAAUAUAUAAGGAUAAAUCCAAUAGAAUCCUACCGAUGACCUCCCUGUAAGGAGAACGUUAAUAUCUAGGCCCGUUGUGUUCCAACCCAAUUCUACCAACACCCAGGCCUAGGACUUAUCGGCCUACGAAUUAAGAACAGUCGAAAAAAUGUAAAAUAAUGCCGUUGUAUCAUUAUUGAUGAAUAAGUAAAUUAUAUAAUGUUUAAUGGUCAUUUAGUAGUUCUUAUCCUACAAAACAAUCCGUAAUUACAAUAUAAUGAAUCAGAAUUAAAAUAUAUGUUAACGCCGAUCAUCUAGGACGUAUCCCAUUUUUGAAUAUGGCGUCUGGAUAGGUGCGGUAUCUAACAAAAAUCACAAUUUCUGGACAAAUUCAGUAAAUCAAUAACCUAUAAUAGGCAUAUACUUUCCAUAGUUAAUAAUACAUAUUAUAAUGAUAGUUUAAGUAUGUAUAAUGAAUAGAAGUUCAGAAUUUGAUCACAUAUUUAUGUUUGUUUACAUACCAGAACCCACCGUCUCUCGGAUCUCUGAUCGGGACAAGACCCGAGCAGCGGUGUGUUACACCUGUUUAGAAAAGUCGUAAUAACUCGGCAGAAAUUGUACCAAAUUCCACCAUAUUUGGUGUAAUUGUAGAAUAAUACUUAUUAAUUAUGGUAAACUCAAAAUAGAUUGGAGUUUCGUGUGAUAAAAUUGAUAAAUAUUGCUUUAAAUGCACUCCUUUUAUUUUAUAAAACUUAGCUGUUUUUUAGUCUUAAAAUUCCGUAAUUAAUUCUCAUAAUAUUUGAGACAAAAAUACAUGGAAAGUAAGAUAAAUAUAUCAGCUUUAGGAAUAUGCUGAUAAAAAGUAUAAUUAACCGUCAUUAAUAGGCAAAAUGAUUGAAAACUUGAUGUUCUCUCGCACAGAUUUAAGUGAAUUCUUACAAUUAUGUACUUAAGCGCGUAGCGGUAGGCUGGAGUCAAGUGCUUACAUCUCGGUCCGCAUUGGCGUGUAUAAGUAGCGGGCAGUUGUAAAAUCUGCAUUCAUUCAAUUGUUCGUCGUUGAAAGAGAAGUACUGUAGUAAUCAUGUCUGCACCAGCAACCAAGAAGGCCUCCAAGCCAAAAAAGGUAUCAUCGCAUCCUCCAUACAUUGAGAUGAUCUCCAAAGCUAUCUCUGCUUUGAAGGAACGUAACGGUUCUUCUCGUCAGGCUAUCGCCAAAUAUAUCUCCGCAAACUACAAGGUUGGGGAUAAUGUUGGCAGUCAACUUAAAUUGGCUUUGAAACGAGGGGUUGCCUCCGGAAAGCUCGUCCAUACCAAGGGAACCGGUGCCAGUGGAUCAUUUAAGCUGAAUGUUGCUGCUGCUAAGGCUGCUGCAUCUGCACAGGCAAAGAAAGAGAAGGCCAAGAAGAAGGCUGCUGCUCAGAAGGAGAAGACUGCCGCCAAAAAGGCCGCUGCCAAGGCAAAGAAGGCUACCAAGGUAAAGAAACCAAAGAAACCUGCAGCUAAAAAGACCAAAUCACCAAAGAAGGCUAAGAAACCAGCAGCCAAAAAGCCAGCAGCAAAGAAGGCCGCCAAGAAGCCAGCAGCUAAAAAACCAGCAGCAAAGAAGGCCGCCAAAAAACCAGCAGCUAAGAAGGCUAAGAAACCAGCAGCCAAGAAGGCCGCCAAGAAGCCAGCUAAGAAGUAAAUUGGUUUUACUCAUCUCUCAAACCAAACGGCUCUUUUCAGAGCCACCCAAA